CCUUGUGCAAAUCGCGGGUUCUGUCAAACAAAUUUGAUGUGUGGCAGAACUGCGUGCACAUUAGCGCCCGACGCCCUUCAAAAGGCGUGUCGUUACUGUUGCAAGCGGUCAGGCGCGUAUCGGGAGCCGAAAUGGGCAGGAGGAAACGACGGAGAGGGAGACAAAUCAAACUACUAUCCUUCGUACAACGUGUGUCCACAGAACAGAACUCCAGUACUCGUAAAGGGCAAUAGUGACGAUGUCGAUCGUAUCCUACAAACCAUGAAAUGGGGACUCAUUCCAUCAUGGCAUAGAGGAGAUCCAAGCACAUUUGGAUACAACAUGAGCAAUGCUCGACUUGACACGUUACUCGAAAAGGCGUCAUUCAAAAAGCCAAUGGUCAAUGGUCAACGUUGUGUUGUAUUGGCCGACGGUUUCUUUGAAUGGAAAAGUGUCCCAGGAUCGAAAAAGCAACCUUACUUUGUGUAUUUCAAGGAUGGUGGUGAUGUGGAGGGGAAAGACGGGGAUGUGAAGUUAGAAGGGAAGGGAAUUACGUCGCGAUUGCUGACUAUGGCUGGAUUGUUUGAUGUGUGGACGUCGUCGAGUCAGACUGAUGAUACAACUCCUCUCUACAGUUACACAAUCAUCACCGUCGAUGCGUCUCCAUCAAUCAAGUGGCUCCACCACAGAAUGCCAGCAAUUCUUGACGGUGAAGAGGCCGUGAGCCGAUGGCUAGAUUAUGGAGAAUACAAUACAGAGAAGGCUUUGUCUAUGCUCACACCUGUUGACAGUUUGUCAUGGCAUCCGGUUUCCACGGUGGUGAAUGAUGCGAGGAACAAGAGAGAAGACUGUGUGAAGAAAAUCGACCUCAAUUCACCCAAACCCAAGCAAGAGACAGUACUCACACAAUGGCUAAAGAAAUCGUCCAGCAAACGGCCACCUCCUCAUCCUUCUCCAUUGGAAACUGCACCAUGUAAAAGCGAACACAAUGCCCCUCCAGGUGACGAUGACGACGAGGAGCCAUUGGCCAAGAAACAAAAAUGAUUUAAACAUAUCAAUUUCUGAGACGUUCUAUCACUAGAUGUUAUGCUAGAAGAGUAUGUUCGUAACGGGUAACUAAAGGUGUUCUUCCAUCUGG